GAUGAGAUUUUCGAACACACCUUAAUCAGACCGACCUAGCCUGACAAUUACAAAAAUUGCAAUAUUUUUGGAUAAAAAAUGUUUUUAAAUAAACAUUUAGAGAAUAAGCUACUUUAGUACAAUUUAUGAGUGAAAUAUAAUGUUUUAUAAGUGAAGUAUUUAAUAUAUUUUUCUGAAAAUGCCUAUAUAUCAUGUUAGAUAUAAUCGCUACCGGUGAUAUUCCUUACGAAGGAAUGUCGUUUAUGCGGUUUAUGUCGUUUCCGUGGUAACGGUAUGAGUGCUAAACAGAUCUCUCGUAUAUCAUACGAGACAAUACGAGAUAGCAUUGUUGUACAUUAAUUCAAUAAUAUCAAACAAUCAUUAAUAAAUGUGACACGAUGAGAGCACUUCCAACAUGGGUUGACAAGGUGCAAGAAAAGUCAGACCAAUGUAUAUAUGACCUCUGUUUUAAUCCGGAUGGCACACAAUUGAUUGUUGCAUCUGGCAAUCAAGUACUUGUAUAUGAAACCAAUGAUGGUGCUUUGAUUCAGCCGCUAAAAGGUCACAAGGAUACAGUAUACUGUGUAUGUUAUGCGAAAGAUGAAAAAUUUGCAUCAGGAGGUGCAGACAAAAGUGUCAUCAUUUGGACUUCCAAGUUAGAAGGAAUAUUAAAAUAUUCACAUAAUGAAGCUGUACAGUCAAUGCAUUUUAAUCCUGUCUCACAUCAGCUGCUCAGUUGUUCAAUCUCAGACCUUGCUUUUUGGUCUGCGGAACAGAAAGCUGUACAGAAACAUAAGUCUGGGGGAAGAGUCAAUUGCUGCGCAUGGACGAGAGAUGGACAAUAUUUAGCUCUUGGUCUUGCAACUGGAUAUGUAUCCAUAAGAAAUAAAAAUGGCGAGGAAACACGCAUUGAACGGCAACCUGGAGUACCAAUUUGGAGUUUAGCAUGGAAUCCUAUACAGGAUGAUGGUAUGGAUGUUCUUUGCAUCGCUGAAUGGAAUGGAAUCAUCUCAUUUUACAACAUUGGAGGAGAAGUUGUCAAAAGAGAGAGAUCACUCGGUUUUAUACCGUUGAAAAUCGCUUACUUUCCAGAAGGACAAUAUCUUCUCGUUUGUGGUAGCAAUAAACAGUGUCUUUUAAUGACACACGAUGGAAUUCAGUUAAUCAAUGUAGGUGGUACUUUCUCGUCAUGGGUAUGGAGCUGUGCCAUUCAUCCAACUGGCUCGCAUGUUGUGCUUGGUUCCCAAGAUGGGACGAUAACGUAUUUACAACUAACUUGGAACAUUGUGCAUGGUUUAUACGGGGACAGAUACGCGUACAGAGAAAACAUGACUGAUGUGAUAAUACAGCAUUUGAUUACGAAUCAAAAAGUUCGAAUUAAAUGUAAAGAUCUGGUAUGCCGAAUUGCAGUGUAUCGAAACAGAUUAGCUGUACAAUUGCCCGAGCGUGUAAUCAUAUACGAACCAUCCGGUACCGGUAGUGAAGGAAUGCAUUAUAGAAUACGAGACAAGCUUAAUCAAAUAUUGAACUGCAAUUUAUUAGUUGUUACAUCGAAUCAUUUAAUCUUAUGCUUGGAAAAGCGCCUACAAAGUCUCUCAUUUACUGGGAUAAUAGAACGAGAGUGGAUACUCGAUGGACUCAUCACUUACAUCAAAGUAGCAGGUGGUCCCGAUGGACAAGAGUGUUUAAUAGCAGGUUUGAAGAGUGGACAUAUAAUAAAAAUAUAUCUCGACAAUCCGUUUCCCGCGCACAUCACGAAAAUUGAGGAUGCCGUGAGAUGUCUGGACAUCAGUUCCUUGAAGGAAAAGAUGGCGGUGGUUAGCGAGGCUGGUACUUUGUCCAUAUUCGAUUUAUGUACUGGCGAGAAAUUGCAGGAAUUCCAAAAUGUCAACAGCGUAGCUUACAACAUCGCUUUCGAGGAUAUUAUGUGUUUUGCGGGCAACAACUAUCUGAAUAAAGUCGCCAACUUUUCCGAAUACAAGCAAAAGUUCUCCGGUUUUGUUGUAGGCCACAACGGUUCAAAGUUAUAUUGUCUGAACGGUUCUUCCAUCAUUACAUUAGAAGUGCCCUUGUCAUUAUUCAUGUAUCAAUAUCUGGACAUCGGAUUAUACAAUCACGCUUAUGACAUAGCGUGUUUAGGCGUAGCCGAGUCAGACUGGCUUGCUUUAGGAACGGCGUGUCUGGAUAAUCUGGAAUUAAAUAUCGCAUCCUCGGCAUUCGCGCGAGUGAAAAAGCUGCGUUACAUAGAGAUCGUAUCCGAAGUGGAGGAGAAAUUAAAAUCGGGUGAAUGGGGACGAGAAGCCUGCAUGGCUACCGCUGCAGCUGCUAUGGGUAGACUUCGCGAUGCAGCGAAGCUCUAUCAGAAAGCUGGUUUGCAACAAUAUGCUCUGGACAUGUAUUCCGACUUGCGGAUGUUUGACAUUGCUCAGGAAUUUAUAGCCUCUGGUAACACACAGGAUCGUACAGUAUUGUUGCGACGACGGGCAGAAUGGGCGAAAAGUUUGGGCGAACCGCGCGCUGCAGCCGAGAUGUUCCUCUCUGCAGGAGACAUCGAUCGUGCCAUCAGUAUUAUUGCCGAAUACGGUUGGAUUGAUAUGCUAAUCAAAGUGGGCAGGCAAUUGGACAAGGCGGACAGAGAUAACUUAUCUAUGAUCGCCAAGAAACUCAAACAGUUGGGUGCUUCGCAUGGCGCAGCGGAGAUAUUUAGCAGACUCGGGGAUGAUCCUGACGUUGCUGAUGUGCUUGUGGACGCGCAGGCGUGGCCCGAAGCUUUCGAACUCGCGGAAAGAAAUCCAAAGUUGAAAUCUCGGGUAUAUGGACCUUAUGCACGAUGGCUGGCGGAGACUGGACGAUUUUCUGAGGCCCAAGAAGCAUUCCAAAUGGCGGGACAACCUGAAGAAUCCAUUCUUGUACUUACAAUGCUGGCUAAUAAUGCUAUAACAGAAAGAUUUCGCGAUGCCUCUUAUUUUUAUUGGCUCUUAUCACAAUUAACUUUGAAUCUAUCAAAGAGUACAGAAGAGAUAAAAAUAAUGUUCCUUAAGUACUCUGACAAAGCGGAUAUUUAUUAUGCAUAUCACGAAGUACAUAAAUACCUGGAAGAACCUUUCACAUCACUAAUGCCAGAAGCAUUAUUCAACAUUUCAAGAUAUCUGCUCAUGAAGACACAAAAUAUGCGUCUAGAUGGUGUCUCAAAAGUAAAGAUAAUGUACAGUCUUGUAAAACAAGCACGAAUAUUAGGUGCCAAUAAGCUGGUCAUGCAACUGUUGGAUCAAUUACGCGCGAUGAAAAUUCCUGCAAACUUUCUGGCACAAGUGGAAACAUCGACUCUAGCUGCUAGAUCUUAUCCGUAUCGUGAUCCAGAAGAAUUAUUGCCUUUAUGUUAUAAAUGCUCUACAUUCAAUCCGUUAUUACCGACGAGUAAUGCCUCUGGUAGUAAUUGUACGCAAUGCGGACUGAAAUUUCAAUAUUCUUUCAUCAUGUUUGAAAUCCUGCCAUUAGUUGAAUUUGAAUUGGAGGAUGACAUUACGGAUGAAGAAGCAGAGAAGUUGAUAGAAGAACCAUUACCUUCUUCCGACGAUUUUACAGUUUCCGAUCAAUUUACCGUAACUUCCAAUGAGGCUGAUCUUUUUACCGCGCGUUUAAUAAGAUACGAGGAAAAAUCUAACAAUUCUACGAUAUUGGUGGGAAGAGGAAUAUUGAAGAGUAUGGAUCCGUCCACUGUAAUAAUUAUUAAAUGGCCUAAGCCCUUUAAAACUAGAUACUUCAGAAAUCUUUUACCUGAUCUCCAGAUUAGCUUGUGCAAGUGCUGUUUAAAGUUGUUUCAUUCGGAUGACUAUGAAUUAGCAUUAUUACGACACGGACAUUGUCCGUUCUGUCGAACGCCGAAUGUGACUAUAGGUUGAAAUAAUGUGAAAUUUAUUGUAGAUUGCAUAUACUUAUAUCAAAUUGUUAAAAAAAAAAAAAAUGUUUUGUAUCUAUUUAAAUCUAUUAUGAUUGUACAGCAUUAUAUUAUGAGACAACAAUACAUAUAUAAA